GUUUACAUCCCUAUCCCUACCAUCUCCGUAUCUUGAUAAAAUGUUAAGACAACUUUUAACCUUCUCUAAUAUUAAGUUUGUUCAAAAAUGUCCAAAAUUUCGACAAAAAGCUACGAGACCACCUGUUAUUGAUAAUUCUGAAGUUUAUCGUGCAAAAGUUAUACCUCAAGAUAUAUGGAUAGAAAAUAAAGACCCAAAAUUUACAGAUGUUGAAGAAGUAAAAGAUCAUUGGCAUUUUGUGGAAAGACUGUUCCCCCCUUUACGUAUACCUGAACCUAUUAAAAAGACCUCAAGCACUGGAUGGAGAGCACCAUCAGAAACUGUGCCCAACUUGCCAUAUUUUGUGGAGAGAACUAGAAAUCAUAUGUUGCCUGUCUAUGAACGGCAUAUUUCUGUAUAUGAAAUACUUGUUACUAGAGUUAGAAGAGUUCAUGGCGAUAUAUGGGUCUUUGAACAUGAUUUGAAGUCAUAUCUUGAAGAGAGACUUGGUGAGGAGGUGGAGUCAAAUGUGAAUGAAAUUAGUUGUUAUGUGAAUUUUAGAGGAAGACAUUCAGAGCUCAUAAAAGAAUGGUUGUAUAAUAAAGGUUUUUAAAAGUUG